CUCCUUCCUGCCCUGGCACCAUGUGACUCCCCACGCGGGCCGGGCACUCCAAGCAUGGCCGACACCAUCUUCGGCAGCGGGAGCCAUCAGUGGGUUUGUCCCAAUGACCGCCAGCUUGCCCUGCGAGCCAAGCUGCAGACAGGCUGGUCUGUGCACACCUACCAGACAGAGAAGCAGAGGAAGAGCCAGUGCCUCAGCCCGGCCGAGGUGGAGGCCAUCCUGCAGGUCAUCCAGAGGGCCGAGCGGCUGGACGUCCUGGAGCAGCAGAGGAUCGGGCGGCUGGUGGAGCGGCUGGACACCAUGAGGCGCAACGUGCUGGGGAACGGCCUCUCCCAGUGUCUGCUCUGCGGAGAGGUGCUGGGCUACCUGGGCAGCUCGUCGGUGUUCUGCAAAGACUGCAGGAAGAAAGUCUGCACCAAGUGUGGGAUCGAGGCCUGCCCUGGCCAGAAGCGGCCCCUGUGGCUGUGUAAGAUCUGCAGUGAGCAGAGAGAGGUCUGGAAGAGGUCUGGGGCCUGGUUCUACAAAGGGCUCCCCAAAUACAUCCUGCCCCUGAAGACCCCCGGCCGUGCUGAUGACCCCCACUUGCGACCUUUGCCUGUGGAGCCCGCUGAGCAAGAGCCCCGAAGCACUGAGACCAGUCGAGUCUACACAUGGGCUCGUGGGAGAGUGGUUUCCAGUGACAGUGACAGCGACUCGGAUCUCAGCUCCUCCAGCCUGGAGGACAGAUUCCCGCCCACUAGAGUCAGAGACCUGAAAGGCGACAAAUCCUGCGGGGAAUCGGGUGGCAUCAUGGAGUCCCCCAAGAUGGAGCUCGCCCACCCACCCAGCCACCUGUCGGGGAGCCAGAGCAGCCUGGCCAGUGAGACCGGGACAGGCUCUGCAGACCCACAGAGGGGCACCCCACCCUUGCCGGACCCAAAGGGCCUCA